AUGGUGGUGUAUCCUUGUAGCAUAUUAUUUUUUCUAUUCUUACAUUUUUGUACCACGGAAUGUGAGUUAACGUAUAUCGAUGUCAAAGGCAUCUUACAGCAGUGUACAUCUAACAUAAAUACGUCGCUAGAACUUAACAAAAACGACAAGUUGCUCAUUGCAAACUGGACGGCCGAAUUCCAGGUGAAACAGGUCAACAUAACGUCGCACUACAGGCUGGAAAUGACGAGGCACAGAGAGCAGAGUUUCCGGAAUGUUAAUUUUAAUACUAAGUGGAAGCAAUGCUUACGAUUACACAACGAAGAAAUAAGAAAGUCGAAGAUUUCAUACUACGAAAGAGAGGGGGUGUGUCUCAAAAAAGCAAAUUCAGGUGACAAAGAGAGACAAAGAACCGUCACUCAAGUGGAAAAGGAGAUAAAAAAAUGGCGCAAAAGCUACAAAUAUUUGUCUAAUUUAUGUGAAAUUAAUAACCCAGAUGACAAAGAAAAUGCGGAGUUUUGUUUAGCUGAUUAUAUCAAAAGAGAUAACUACGAUUCGACGUUUGAGAGAUUAAUUAUUCUGAAACUGGAGGCCAUGUCGGAUCUUCUCCAACAGAUGAACACGUGCCUGUCGGAUUUGGAAGACUGCUUGAGGGUUUCCUUGUCUGAACACUUAGAAGACAUCAGGAGUGUUAUGGAGAUAUUGAAUCAAUGUUACACAAGGAACAAAGAAUGA